AUGGUUCGUUCCGGCCACGGGAUGGAGACCACUUUCUAUGACGAGCAGUAUCCCCUCAGCGGACCCGUUGAAAAUCUUAAGAGAUCACUCACGCUGGAUCUGGAUUUCGGACGAGGCAAGCGGUUGAGGAAUGGGGCACCUGUGCUAUCCUCUCCCGACUUGCAGCUCUUAAAACUGGGAUCGCCGGAGCUGGAGAAGCUGAUCAUGCAGAAUGGCAUGAUCACGACGGCCACGCCAACCCCGGGCGGGCCAGUACUGUUUCCCCCCCGCGGCCCCCACCGAAGAGCAGGAGAUGUAUGCGCGGCCAUUCGUCGAAGCGCUCGACAAGCUGCACCACAACGAACCCGCGCCCAACGCGAGGAUUAUUUACGCCGAUCUAGAUCGCCCUCUUGA